AUGGCGCGCACGAAGCAGACGGCGCGUAAGUCGACGGGCGGGAAGGCGCCCCGCAAGCAGCUGGCCACCAAGGCUGCGCGCAAGAGCGCGCCGGCCACGGGCGGCGUCAAGAAGCCGCACCGCUACCGGCCCGGCACGGUGGCGCUGCGCGAGAUCCGGCGCUACCAGAAGUCGACGGAGCUGCUGAUCCGCAAGCUGCCCUUCCAGCGCCUGGUGCGCGAGAUCGCGCAGGACUUCAAGACCGACCUGCGCUUCCAGAGCUCGGCCGUCAUGGCGCUGCAGGAGGCCAGCGAGGCCUACCUGGUGGGGCUCUUCGAGGACACCAACCUGUGCGCCAUCCACGCCAAGCGCGUCACCAUCAUGCCCAAGGACAUCCAGCUGGCCCGGCGCAUCCGCGGCGAGCGUGCCUGAGUUGCUUGCCGUUGCUGCUUCCGGCCAGGCAUUGAGGCAACCCCCAUAGACCCAAAGGCUCUUUUAAGAGCCACUACAUGUACAAUUAAAAGAGCUGUAGUGCUGCUUUUUAGUACUGUUUCACUGGGGAUGUGGGAGAAUUAGUGACAAAAUUAAAGUAUUGUAUGGUGGGUUAUUUUAAGCAGUGGGGGGUAUUAAAAAUAUUGGAAGUAUGUCCUGGGUAUGACAAAACUGCUUUUU